AUGAUCCCUUCGAACCGAAGUCGAGAAUGAUUUGGAUUUGCAGCCUUCACCAAAUGCCGGCAACGCUUGACCAUUCUCUUUCACUCUUAUCGACGGAGCUGAUCCAGUGCCAUCUGCCAUUCCCUCAGUUCGCGACCACGAGUACCCGUUGGCUGUUACAGCUGACAUCGCAGCCUGGUCAUAGUCUUCAUAGAUGAUCUCCUGCGGAUGGUAAAUCUCUUUCUCCUGCCCUUCGAAACAUUUCUCGUAAGGGGAACAUGCUGUGCAGAUGUAAUGCACGAUAGGAGUUGUUCCAGCCGCUGUCAAGCUCACACAUCGCGCUGAGUCUGUUAUUCGUGAUCCACAAGAGGGGCAGAAUGCGAACAGUUUAAGAAGCUGACGUCCUUUUAUUCGGAAAAAUCGGUCGAGCAGCUUCGGGUCUGUCCCGUUGAGGGCGCAAACGUCCUGAGAGUCCAGUGAUGAACCUGAUAGAUUUGCGAGCUGGAACGGUGAACUUGUGGAGUCCACCGUUGAAGCUGAUGGAUUGCCAAUUUGUUGUGACGGAUUUUCGAAGCUCACUGUCGAAUAUGAUGGACUUGCGAGUGCUGAAUCUGAUGGACUUGCGAGCUGGAUCGGCGGCUUUGCAAAGUCUUCUGCAUUUUCUAAUUUUCUGUCCGGAUCACCAAAUAAUUUCCGUAGUGCUUUACUUCCAACAUCCACGAGUGAAGAAGACUCCGUAUUCAUGUAUUCACGGCAUUUUUCGAUAUCAGCGGCACUCAUAUUCUCCGCAUCACUUUGAGGAAUCUCUGGAGAAACCUUUUUAAAACGUUUAGUGAAGUCACGAUAAAAUGA